UACGGCCGGUUUCACAAUCUGUGGUUAACCCUAGCGGUCAACUAACCUCUACCCUUGGUCUAACUGACAGAUGGUGUUUCACAACCACAGAUUCAGUUAUGAUUAGUUGACCGUAAGCUUUGUUUUAUUUUUCUUAUGUUGGUAUGAAAUUAUGGAAAAUGAUCACCAGAAAUAAUAUUUUUAUGGAAAAUUAUUAGCAUAUAUUAUGUACAUUGACCAGUUUUGACAUUAGUUAUUCCGUUAUUUGUAAAAUUUUGAAACUCCAUUUUGUGAUUUACACUUACCUUACCAUUCUGGAUUGUGGUGAUUGUGGUUCUGGUUUUCUCCAUUUGCUUUGCUAGUGCACGUUGUUGUUUUUUUUUCUGCAGAGUGAAUACAUUGAUCAAUAAAAUGGAACCUGCAAACCCUUUGAAAAGGUCGGCAAACUUUACGCCAGAGGAGGAGCAGGUUUUAAUAUCACUCUGCAUGAAAUAUCGAAAAACCAUCGAAAACAAGGAAACUAACGCUUUAACAUGGCGCCAAAAAAAUGGUGCAUGGGUCCGCAUUGAAAGGGAAUUCAAUGCUACAUGUGGGGCAAGUGGUUACCGCAGCAUAAAAACAUUAAAGGAGAAGUAUUUGAACUUAAAGAAGAAAACUAAAAAACGUAUUACGGAGAAUAAACUCCAAUUGAAGAUGACUGGAGGUGGCCCCUACACAGACAAGCCAUUGUCUGAAAUUGAAAUGGCCGUAUCAGAUUUAAUUGGAGUGGAAACAUUGCAUGGGACGGUACCCUCUUAUGAUAGCGACAACAACAGAGCCAACAACAUACCUCAAGAAAACAUUGUCCUAGUUGUAGAGGAUGAAAAAAAGGAGGAAGUUGCAGAGGAUUUUGAUUAUGCAGUACAGGGUGAGGUUUUUGAAGAUGAGGAAAAAAACUUACCAUCGACCUCUACAGGUUUUAGGGGAAGUUGGGAGACAUAUUGCCCCAAAGAUUUGCAGCAACCCAUAUCGGAGAAGUUGGCUACUCCAAAAAGAGGAGGGAAAUCAAGUGUCAAGAUAGAUGAGAGAACGAAAGUUUCCAAAAUAAUAGACACAAAGUCCGGCCAAUUGAUAUCAAAAAAAAUUGAGUUCGUUGGUUUUCAAAAAGAAAAGUUUGAAGAAGAACACGAACUCAGAAUGAAAAAUUUGAGGUCAGAUGAAAUAAUAAAAGCUAAGAAGUUAGAAUUAUUAGAAUUAGAUAUUCAAAUUAAAAAGAAACAAUUAUCACUGUUAGAAAAUUAGGUACCUACUUUUAGUGCCUACUUUUCUAAGAGUAGUAAUUGUUUAAUUUUAAUUUUUUUAUUAGGUUAAAUUAUAUUUGUUUAGGACUGUUUUUGUAUAUAUGUUUUAGGCAUUUCAUAUUUAGUUUUGUAGAUUAGCUUAGAAUAAUUAUUUUUACUAGUUAAUUAAGUUUUAUUUUUAGAUUGAUAUUAGGCUAAAUUCUUAUAUUUGUUUAGGACUGUUGGUUGUACAUAUAUAUUUUUUAAACAUUUUAUUAUUUAGUUUUGUAGAUUACUUACAUUAAUUCUUAAUUUUAUUUCACAAAAUGUAUUUUUUAUAUUUUAAUUUAAAAUAAAUGAGGGUUUUUCACUCAGUGUACUCAGACAACUGAUAAACAAGUAUGUCUUUACUGAGUACCAGGAGUUUCCCUCCUUUUAAAUAA